CUCAGUAAUUGAUGCUGGUCCCCUAUCGCAAGAGUUCAUGUGAAGACUGCCCAUGGAAGGUCGAUGCCUGCGUUUGCUGAGGCUCUAGGAUUCUGUUGUUUUGCUGUUUAACUGAAGAAUCCCAUUUUUCCCAUGAACCAUCUUUCACCUCGGGAAGAUAGAGGUGCAAAGUAGGUCAACCAACAUGAGUGGCCUUGGGGACAGCUCAACGGACCCUGCCAACCCCGACUCUCGGAAGAGGAAAGGCUCACCCUGCGAUACAGCCCAGAGGAAUGAAAAGCGGCGACGGGAACAGGAGAACAAAUAUUUAGAGGAGCUGGCGGAGCUGCUGUCGGCAAACAUCGGGGACAUCGACACCCUGAGUGUCAAACCUGACAAAUGCAAGAUCCUAAAAAAGACGGUUGAUCAGAUCCAGCAGAUGAAGAGGUUGGAGCAAGAGAAAGCAGCUGAUGAUGAAGUCCAGAAGUCCGACAUCUCGUCCAGCAGCCAAGGGGUGAUCGAGAAGGAGUCUCUGGGACCUCUUCUUCUGGAGGCAUUGGAUGGCUUCUUCUUUGUUGUGAACCGUGAAGGGAGGAUCGUCUUCGUCUCCGAGAACGUGACCAGCUACCUGGGUUAUAACCAGGAGGAGCUCAUGAACACCAGUGUGUACAGCAUCCUGCACGUGGGGGAUCACGCCGAGUUCGUCAAGAACUUGUUGCCAAAGUCUCUCGUAAAUGGAGUUCCUUGGCCUCAAGAAGCGACCAGGCGCAACAGCCAUACCUUCAGCUGCAGGAUGCUGAUCCGGCCGCCCGACGAGCCGGGCGCGGAGAACCAGGAGGCUCGUCAGCGCUACGAAGUGAUGCAGUGCUUCACCGUCUCCCAGCCCAAGUCCUUCAAGGAGGAAGGAGAAGAUUUCCAGUCAUGCCUGAUAUGCAUCGCGAGACGGUUACCUCGACCGGCAGCCGUCGCCCCUUCCGAAUCCUUCGUGACCAAGCAAGACACCACAGGUAAAAUCAUCUCCAUUGACACCAGUUCCCUGAGAGCUGCCGGCAGGACAGGCUGGGAGGAUUUGGUGCGGAAAUGCAUCUACGCUUUCUUCCAGCCUCAGGGCAGAGAGCCAUCUUACGCCAAGCAACUCUUUCAAGAAGUGAUGACACGUGGCACGGCCUUCAGCCCCUCCUAUCGAUUCACCUUGAGUGACGGGACAGUGCUUAGUGCCCACACCAAGUGUAAGCUCUGCUACCCCUCCAGCCCGGAGAUGCAGCCCUUCAUCAUGGGCAUCCACGUCAUCGACAGGGAUCAUGGCAUGCUCUCACCCCAGGAGAACACUAACUCUGCAAUGUCCCUUCCCCGGGUCAGUCCCUCACUGAACCCCAGCAUCUCCCCGGGGCAAGGCAUGGCCCUGCCGCCCUCCAUCCCUCCCUCCAACGGCAGCAUGUUGGCCACCAACGUGAACCAGCAGCCAGGCGCCGGCCUCCACAACAGCAAUUCCAGCACCAGCCAAACCAGCUUUGGAUGUUCACCUGGGAACCAGAUAGGAGCCAACGUUGCCUUAAGCCAGGGACAAGCCGGUCCCCAGAACAGUAACCACACUUUGAACCUCAAUAGCUCCCCCAUGAAUAGUCCAGGGAUUACCCCACCGCAGUUCAUGUCUCCGAGGCAUCGGGUCAGCCCAGGGCUGGUGCCCAGACCCAGAGUGCCCAGCAAUCCCUUCUCUCCCACCAUGCCCACCAUGCACUCCCCCGUGGGCAUGGCCAACAGCGGCAGUGGGGGCGGCGGUGGCACCUCUGGCACCAGACCCUUCCCCAGCGCCCCCAUAAACUCUAUGCAGGGGCUGACCGAAGGUCCCAGCACACCAGUGGGCUACUCCACACCACCCCCCGUGCUGAGACAACUCAGCUCCCAGAGUUCGCCUGGCCGCCUCGCCAUGCAACCCAUGAAAGCAGAGUCGAAGGACAGCAAAGAGAUCGCCUCCAUCCUGAGCGAGAUGAUCCAGUCGGAUGGCGGUGCGGGGGAUGGCAAACCGCUGGACUCGGGCAUGCUGCAUGCCGGUGACAGGCUCUCGGAGGGGGACAGCAAGUGCUCCCAAGCCACCAGCCAUAAGCUGGUCCAGCUCCUGGCCACCACGGCGGAGCAGCAGCUUCGACACGCCGAUGCGGACACGAGCUGCAAAGAUUCGUUAGCCUGCGCAGGCACCGCUGGCACCUUGGCCUCCGGCAACCCUCCCAGCAGCACCUGCCCUUCCUCCCAUAGCUCACUGACCGAGCGGCACAAGAUCUUGCAUAGACUCCUGCAGGAGGGCAGCCCUUCCGAUAUUACCACCCUGGCCAUGGAGCACGAGAAGAAGGAGAACACCCCAAACCCUGCCACCACCCCCACGGCUCAGAGCCAACUGCCGGGAACCCCGGACAUCAAACUGGAGCCAGACGCGCUGAAGAAAAAAGAUGUCAAGGAUCACCAACUCCUGCGCUAUCUUCUGGACAAGGAUGAGAAGGAGCUUGCUGCAGCCCCGGCGCUGAGCCUGGACGACGUGAAGGUGAAGGUGGAAAAGACAGAGCAGAUGGAGCCCUGCAACACGGCCCCGGUGCCACUCGCCAAACCUCCUGCCACGGAGGAGGUCAAGCUGGAGACGCAAGGCCAGUUUGCUGCUGAACUGGAGCAGCUGGACCAGCUCCUGCCCUCGCUGGAGAAGGCGGCUCAGCUGCCCGGCUUGUGCGGACCGGAGAGAAACGAGAGCGGCGUGGCCGGCGUGGCCGUCAAACCGGAGAUGCUGGCAGGCCCGCCCCCGGGCCCCCCUGCCAACAGCCCGAUGAACAGCGGGCAGGCCGUGCAGGCUGGCCGGACCCCGUUUGAGUUCUGCGACCCCCUGGAGCCAGCGCAGCUGAGGCCGGUUCCUUGUCCCGCAAGCAAUGGCAGCAGCCCGCACGCCCGCGGGCCAUCCCAGCAGGGCAGGGGCACGGUGACCGCACCAAACCCCUUCCCACCCGACGCAG